AUGGAUGUUCAUAAGAGCACUGUGCAGAAAGCUGCUCUUGUUGAAGAAACUCGAAGACCGCCGCUUGUUCCAUCUGAGAAGCAUAAUGCUUCUUCUUUAAGCCGAGUGAGAGAUGUUGCAUCCAGGUACAAGACUGGUCAGGGUGCUACUGCGACAAGGCGAUGUACAUCUCCUAGUCUUGGCCGGACCUCAACAACUAAUGGUACACCAGUGCCCAAUAGGGCGCAAUCUGCAGACAGAAGAAGACCCUCAACACCUUCAACCCCUUCUUCUAAGGUGUCAACACCCUCCACCCCAACAUCAAGGUCCAUAACACCAGUCCGUGAUACUGUCAAAGAGGUAAAUAAGAGUUCUAGGUGUAUAGCAAAUGAAAGGUCCCCACAUGGCUUGUGGCCAGCAAUGCGGAACCUGUCUCCCUCCUACCAGUUGGAGUCUGCGGCUGCCCCUGGUAAUAAAAAAGAUAAGGUGGUCUCUAGCCCAUCUUUAGAUCAUAUCAAGGGACAGGCGAGUGUUCUAACUGAGAGGAAGAGGAGUCCUCUGAGAAGGAAAAAAAUUACUGAACAAUGUGAGAAUUCUCGACCUUCAGAAGAUCUACCUAAGAAGGCAACUGAGCAAAACCGUUGGCCAGCCAUGACAAGUGGGCGUGGGCCUGCCAAUCUUAUGCCGAAUACUGAACUUUCUGACAAAUCUAGCAAACCAGUCCCUUUGUCAAAUACUUCUAGAGGGCUUUCACCAAGGAAGAUUUCUGCUUCUGAAGACGCAGGUAAAAGGUUGAAUCAAUCACUGGAUGACGUGGCAAGGAGACUAGCUAUUCAUGCAAAAAGAAGAGAUGAACAGUUAGAUUCUGGCAGUGAUGUUUCUUCACAGACAACGGAAAGAUCUAAAUAUGUGAGCCGUCCAAGCAGGACAACCACUUUGCCUGUUCCUGUUCUUCAUCGCUCAUCGUCACCAAACAAGGUCUUGUCAGCUGCAUCCUCUGCUUCUAGGGCUUUUCAGAGUCCAUCGAGGACAAGACCUUCAACACCUUGCCGGUCACAAAGUGCUGGAAGUAUUCAAUCAGGUGGUAUAGCUCCUGUUGUUAGCUACAUGGUUGAUCCAAGAAAGGGAAAGAAAAAUGCCAGCCAAAUUGAAAAUAUCCAUCAACUGCGUUUGCUGCAUAAUAGAUACUUGCAAUUGCGUCUUGUAAAUGCUCGUUCGGAAGAUGUUCUAUCUUUCCAAAAGGCCACUGCUGAGAAUACCAUAUAUAAUGUUUGGAGGAAUACUUCAGACUUGAGGGAUGCUGUUAAUUUGCGAAGAAUCAUGGUGCAGCGCCAUCGACAAGAGUUGAAGCUGUAUGGCAUUCUGCAAGAGCAGAUUGCUUGCCUUGAACAAUGGCCAGCACUUGAAGACGAGAAUAACCUUUCCUUUUCUCGGGCAACUGAGGCUCUAAAAGCAAGUACACUGCGCCUUCCAGUCACUUCAGGAGCAAGGGUGGAUGCAGUUAGUCUUAAGAAUGCUGUAAGCUCAGCUGUUGAUGUCAUGCAAGGUUUGGGAUCGUCAGUUUAUUCUAUGCUUUCUAAGGUUGAAGACAGGACAUAUUUGAUCUCGGAGCUUUCAGUCGUAGCAGCACAAGAAAAGGUCAUGCUUGAUGAAUGCAGAGAACUCUUAGCUAUGGCCGCAGAACUGGAGUGCUAUUGUAUCUUUAAUCAGGUACAGGAGUCUAGCCUGCGGACACAUCUUAUGCAAGUAAAGGACUUGCCCAGAUGA